AUGCUUCGUAGCAGCAAAAACUUUCAAAAUGGUGCUUUCCAUCUUAAUUCCCGAGGUUAUCAUCGUACAAAACGACCUGACGGCCAAAAUGUUCUGCCAAAUCCAUUAGCCGUUGAUCCCUACGCUUUACCACCACCUGAUUUGUCGAAACAUUUGCUUGAUUUGUACUUUGCCCACUUUUAUCCCUUGCUACCUCUCCUGCACAAGAAAUCGUUUUUGGAAUCACUUGAAUCUGACAAGCCACCACCACCCUUGUUGCUGAAUGCUUUGUAUGCUGUUGCUUCUCGUAUUUCGCCUGAUGUCAGAGUGAGAACAGAUCCUACAUUAAAAGAUACAGCAGGCGAUAUCUUCCUGGAGAGAGCAAGGAUCUUGCUAGAUUUUGAAUGGGAUGAUUAUCGAGUAUCCACCGUACAAUCACUAUUGCUUCUCAGCAGCCAUCAAAAUGGCGCCUUAAAGAACAUUCGAGGAUGGUUAUACAGUGGAUUGGCAUUUCGAAUGUGUCAGAACUUGGGUCUGAAUCGAAAUUGCGAUUCAUGGAAUCUGUCUGACCAAGAGAAAGAAGAAAGAAAGCGUGUGUUUUAUUGCUGCUUUGUGGUAGAUCGUUUAACGUGUGCUAUGCAUGGUAGAGCACCUAUGAUUGAUGAACGUGAUCUAGAUACGCCUUAUCCUUCUGAAGUAGACCAAGACGACAAGAACAACAAUCCAACUAUCAUGGACAACUUUCAUCAAUUGAUCAAAUUAUGCGAAAUUCUGGGCGAUAUUCUUUGCCAAUUGUAUAUGGUCAAAGGAAGAAAACAGUUAGCCAUGAUGGCUUCUCCGGAUGAUGUUAUCUCCAAGCUGGAUCGUGCAUUGAAUCGAUGGAUGGCUAAACUUCCUCCUUCUGUGCAAUACAGACCACCCAACACUCGCAUGGCAGAAAAGGCCCCUGCGCCUAAACUAGAACUUUGUCAGAUCCAUAUGCUCUUCUACACUUCACUCAUCUUAUUACAUCGACCCUUCAUUCCUGGUCCCACACAAAAGACAGCACCCUCUGUAUUUCCUUCUGCCUCUAUCUGUACUUUUGCCGCCAACAAAAUUCUGGAUAUUGUAGAGUCUCUGAUGGCAGAAGGACGACUGAAGAAUGUGAACAACUAUGCGCUUUAUUUCAUGUUUACUGCUGGUAUUAUCUUUAUCAAUGACGCUUUAUCUUCAGAUGCCAUGUUUGCAUUUGAAGCCAAGAUCAGCAUCAACAAGAUUAUGCGUGCUAUGGAAGAAGUAGAGACGACAUGGAUUACUUCUGCCCGUCAUUGCAAUAUUUUGGGCGAGUUAGCAGGUUUGCGCGAUAUCAAUUUAGAAAAUGUGGAUGAAGGGUAUAACCGACCUCCUUCGCUUAAACCACCACAAGCACUUUCGAUUGCUGUCCCCAACUCACCUACAAUGGGAUCAUUGGAUCCAGCUCCAGAGUCUUCGUUGCUUAACUUUAAUCGUAAUCCUAUUGAUAUUAAGCACGGUAGAGAACAGAAAUUUCCUGACUAUUUAACGCAAUAUGACAACCAUUCAUCUAGCGCUAGCCAUGACAGUAGGAUGGAUUCACCUUAUACACAGCACCCACCAAGUUCAACACCGCCUCUUUUAAGCCACUCUUCCACAAAUUUUAAUAAUUCUUCUCGAGAAGGCUCGACCAUUGAGUUUAGUGGACCUAGAAAACGUUCUUCGUUUGAUCCUAUUGGCACCGCAUUUUGGGGCGUACCCAUGUCGUUCGAUAUUGAUGAGUGGAAUAGUUAUUUUAGUAAUCAGAAUUUUAGAAGUCAAGAAGGGCAGAUGGAAGGUAGACCCAGCGAUACCAAUUUUUAUGACGGAUCAACCAACACACCUAUGUAA